AAUGUGUGGUCUCGGAUUCUAGAUAAAUAUAAAUUCCUAUUUUAAGAUGAAAAAGAUGAAUGGUGUGAUUAUUUUCAACAAAAAAUGUAUAAGCAGUACAUAAUGGACUGUAUUUCAGCAUAAUUUAAGUGACCAUGCAUUCAAAAUAAACGAAAUGUAACACUUAAACGUAAGCAAAAUUUGUGUAUGAAAUGCUUUAAACCAGCUACUGCUGGCAGUGUUGACGUACAAAUCGGUUGUUAUGGUGACAUGGUUUGUUUGCUGAACCGCGAGCUAGCUAACGUUAGUAAGUAAUGGCUUUAAUUGAGCUUCCUGGACAAGUUAACGAACUACUUACAUUUCGUUCUUAAGGUAAAUUGAGUGGUUAAAUCGUAUUUCAUAUGUAAACUGUAGACAUGGAGAAAUCGGAUAUUAUUAAUUUCUGUGCUCUUGAAAAAGAGGUACAAGCGGCACUGGAAGCAGAUAGGAAAUACCAGAGAGAAAAUGAUGCCAAAUUUCGUGCACUGCAUCAAAACGUAGCCAGCUACGAGGAGUUCAGAGACAUAGUACUUGCAUCUCACCUAAAGCCCCUCGAUAAAAAGGACAUCUCUGGUGCACCUCGAAAACAGCCAUGGAAUACAAUUGCUGCUGGAUUAAAGCAUAAAAGCACCUCACCUGAGGUAAUCCAGGCUCAGUUUUCUGAGAUACAACCAAGAAGUACACCAGAAUUCAGCCGUGAGUGGCGCAGAUUUGGAGGAAGCUCAUAUGAGAAGUAUAACCUCCUUGUCAGUCUGGGAGGCAAGGCAUUGCAGGAAAUCUUUAGAACUGAGGUGUGCUUUGGUCUUCUAGGCGAGUUCCUUCUCAUUCUGUCACAGGGUGUUAAGUCAGGGGAUGAGGUUAAAGUUACUGAAGUUUUGGACGGGCUCUCGAAGACUGGCCGUUUUAGCCUCAACCUGUCUCUGCUAAGUCAGGCUGAGCAGAAAGCCUGCGAGGAGCUUUUCAAUAGACUUCGGGCUGCAGUUGGAGAAUGUCAGUCUUAUAAAGAUUAUUCCUCAGACCAGAGUAAACCAUCAGGGGUUUGUGAGGUCAGUCAUGUGAAAGCUGAUGAGACGGACUUAACGGUACAAUUUAAGGGGUUAAUGGAGAGAUAUGGCAUCCAAAAUUAAUUCAUGUUAAUUUGUUAAUACUAAUACCACUGUGUAAGUUCUCUCACUCUGUUUCUGAAUAUAAUGUCAUUUGUGUAUAGUUAGAUCUGUAUUUUGUCAUACAUAGAAAAGAAUU